UGUGUGUCCUCUACACCCAGGGACCGGACACCAAGCAGUGGCGGGAGUUUGGCCGCACUGAGGUCAUUGACAACUCCUUGAACCCCGACUUCGUGCGCAAGUUUGUGCUCGAUUACUUCUUCGAGGAGAAGCAGAAUCUGCGCUUCGACCUGUACGAUGUGGACUCCAAAAGUCCCGACCUCUCCAAGCACGACUUCUUGGGCCAGGCUUUCUGCACACUGGGUGAAAUCGUGGGCUCAUCUGGCAGCCGCCUGGAGAAGCCACUGACGAUGGGGACGGUUGCUGCACACCCCCGCAGCAGGAAGCCGGCACCAGCCAUG